CAAGGAUUUAAAGGUUUUCAGAUUGCCCCCGAAUGUCACGACCACCAUGUCAAGUUUGUCUACUGUGACAAGGAGUUUGAAUUAACACAUGGCUCAGUUGUGAUUGCUGCUAUCACCAGCUGUACCAACACUAGCAAUCCUUCUGUGAUGCUUGGAGCUGGUUUGCUUGCAAAGAAUGCUGUAGAAGCCGGAUUGACAGUGAAGCCAUACAUUAAAACUAGCUUGUCUCCAGGAAGUGGAGUAGUCACUUACUAUUUAAGAGAGAGUGGAGUGAUGCCUUAUCUUGCUCAACUAGGGUUUGAUGUGGUUGGCUAUGGGUGCAUGACAUGCAUUGGUAAUAGUGGGCCUUUGCCAGAAUGUGUAGUUGAAGCCAUUACUGAGGUAUUGCUGAGG